UUAUAUCAAUAACCAAUAUAUAUUAUUUUCACCAUUUUAAAACAUUAUUCUUAUUGUUCUGUCCUCAGUACAAUCUUAGUUGUUAUUCAUGUAUUAUUUCAAUUUAAAACUGUAGAUGGAUACUUAACCACUUUAUUAAUGAUUUAAAAUAAAGCCUUUCUUACUGUUUAGUUAAUAAAUGGAUGAAGCCGAAACUAUUGAGGAUCUUAAGGUUAAUUUAGAUGAAUAUCACAAACAAUUAUCCACAGUAGAGGAUUCUUUAAAGCAAGACCCUGAAAAUCAGGAGUUAAUUUCCCUCAAACGGGAUUUAAACGAAGUUAUUAUCCUCACCAAUGAUUUAAUCAAGUACAAACAAUCCAAUGAAGAACUUUUGAAGCAAGGUGUUAUCCACCUCGAGGAUAUAAAGGAUGUCGAUAUCACGACCUCGAUUUUUAUAGGACGCACAUGUGUAGUGCUGUACAAUGGAAAACAAAAAUAUGGAGAAGUUGUUCAAGUUAUGGGUGAUCAGCCAAAUGAUUUGACAAUUAUAGAAUUACUAGGAUCACGAGAAAAGUGCACGCUUUGUCUCAAGGAUUUGCGGUUGUUGGAGCCUCCAUUACCUGCGCAAUGCAAACCUGGAUCCCUAGUUCAGGCACUUUAUGCUGAGGACGGGCGUUGGUAUGACUGUAUAAUAAAUCGGCAGACUGAAAAGGGAUACAUUGUAACAUAUAAAGAUUAUAAUACUUCUGAAGAGGUACAGAGGGACAGAAUAAGACUAAAGAUGAGAGCAGAGCCUAAAAUAAAGGAAGUCAAAGAAAUAGUGACGCCAGCGGGCUAUGUGAUUCCAGAGAAUUUAAUAAUUAAAAAAACUGAUAACGAGAGGGAGAAGCUGAGGAAGAGGAAACUGGUUCAAACUCUCAAGAAACAGCAAAAAUCGCAAAAAGAAGAUGAAGAAUCCUAUAAAAGAGCAAGUAAUUGGAGAAAAUUCCAAAAGAAGUCUGGCACUAAAAAUAAACCUGGAUAUAUGACCGGAAAGAAGGAAGGAUCGAUAUUUAAAACGGAAGAUUCUAAAUUGCCUUCAGCCAGACUUAACUCAAUUUCAUUUAAUUCUUUUGUUCCCAGGGGAAAAUACGACUACACAUCGGAGAUGUUCUGAAUGUAGUGCCGCAGUUUAAUUAUUAUUUUAAAUUAAUGUUUCC